GAAGUGGCUAAGCAAUAGUUCGCAUCCGGUCUACGUUCGAAAUGCGUAAUUUUUAAUAUCGAUCGGAAAUGAAGUGAAAUUGCUUUUUCAUUCCACAUGCAAAAAUUAUGAAUUCAUCACCGCUUGUAAACAAAAGUGAAUUACCGCAGUCAGACAUAAUGGACGGAGCAGAGGAAAUUGAUAGCUGUUCGGGCAGUGAAGAAGAAUGGGAAGGCAUGGAUGAAGAAGUAUCUCUUUCACAUCAAACACUUUGCCUGUUUUGCUCAGAAGUUUUUAAUUCUGCAGAAUUAAUGUUUGAACACUGUCAAACUCAACACAUGUUUAAUGUUGUUACUUACUUUCAAAAAAUGGAUAUCAAUUGUAUUUCAUACAUAAAAUUUAUCAAUUUCAUUAGAAUUCAUAAAUUAUCUUCUUCAGAAGUAAUGAAUAUAUCAAAAACUUCAUGUCCUUGGUUAAAAGAUGAAUAUAUGAUGCCACAUAAUGCUUCAGAUCCCCUACUCACUUUUGAUAUUGAAGGGUUCAUGAAGGAAAAAAGAAAAGAAAAUGCUUAUGAGGAAGUAGUUACAAUACCUCAGUGUCGCUUUGAAGCAAUAUUGAGAAAGCUUCACAAUAAAACAGUGAAAUUAAAAAAUGCACAAGACCGUAUUGACAAAAUGAAAUCCAAUAGAGAAGCUGCCAAAACUGUGUUCCUUUGUAAUAACCAACAGUGUUCUGGGAUGAAUAGCCGAUCAUCGUCUUACCAAGACAAUAAGUCUUCUAAUAAUGAUGAAGAUAAUUAUUACUUUAGUACUUAUGACCACUUUGCUAUACAUCAUGAAAUGCUCCAGGAUAAAGUUAGAACUCUAGCAUACAAAGAUGCUAUCUUAAACAAUCCUGAAGUAUUUAAUGGCAAAAGAGUGUUGGACGUUGGUUGUGGCACUUCCAUUCUUUCAAUGUUUGCUGCCAAAGCUGGAGCUUCUUUUGUUAUGGGUGUAGACAAAUCUGAUGUGAUUUUUCAAGCAAUGGAUAUCGUAAGAGAAAAUGGCUAUGAGAAGAUAAUUGACUUAUUCAAAGGACGUGUGGAGGACAUGCCAGAUCCUGAUCAAAAAUUUGAUAUAAUAGUUUCUGAGUGGAUGGGUUACUUCUUAUUAUUUGAAGGUAUGAUGGACAGUGUCAUUUAUGCGAGGGAUAAGUUCCUAGUUCCUGGCGGUAAAAUCUUCCCAAACAGAUGCACUCUAUCAAUUCAAGCUGUUUGUGACAUAGAAAAGUAUAAGGAAUAUGUUGAUUUCUGGGAUGAUGUUUAUGGGUUCAAGAUGACUGCCAUGAAAAAAGAUGUUAUCAAAGAGGCCAAUGUAGAAGCUGUAAAACCAGAGACUGCUUGUUGUCAACCUAUCACAAUCAAGGAAUUAGAUUUAACUUCUUGCCAAGUAUCUGACACAGAGUUUUCAUCCACGUUUGAUCUUGUUAUGUUUCGUAGCUGUGCAGUAACUGCUUUAAUAGGCUAUUUUGAUUGUUACUUUGACAAGGAUUUAUCACAUAAAGUUGUUCUUUCAACAUCUCCACAAUCUGCCUCAACACACUGGAAACAAACUAUGUUUCUGUUAGAAAAACCAGUUCAAGUUACUGAAGGUGAAAUUGUCAAUUGCAGACUGUCUUGCAGAAAAAAUAGGAGAGAUCCAAGAAGUUUGAUUGUAAAAAUAACUUUUGGAAAAUAUCACAAUCAAUAUUAUUUGUCAUAACCACAAUAAAAGUGUGUACAUUUUAUUAUUCA